UCGAAGGGCCCGACGACAGAUGACUACCAAGUACUGGCACCAUCAGAGCCAAGCCCAACCAUGCCUUGACCUCUAAUGCAUGCGUUGCUGUUGACAAAAUGCCCUCAUCCCCGCCAGCUUUCAGGCAGUCCCCCCGAGCUGGAUCGCCAGGACGUACAAGGUCGCAAUUCACUUAUCGCCACCUCAACUCCCUGGCCUCCUACUCGACAUCAUGUCCCCUGAGAGUCAUCGCUCACAUUGAUCUUGACGCCUUCUACGCCCAGUGCGAGAUGCGACGGCUCGACAUUCCUGAUGACCAGCCACUUGCCGUUCAACAAUGGCAAGGCCUCAUCGCUGUUAAUUAUCCUGCUCGCGAUCGUGGGGUGGGGCGCUUCACUGACAUUGCUCAAGCAAAAGAGCUGUGUGACAACCUGAUCUGCCAGCACGUUGCGACCUGGCGCGAGGGCCAAGAUAAUUGGGCUUACCGUGAUGACCAUGACAUGAGCACUGAUAAAGUCUCCUUGGACCCGUAUCGUUUACAGUCGAGGAAGAUUCUGGCUCUGAUCAAGGAAUCCCUCCCAGGAAACCUGCAGAAGGUCGAGAAAGCAUCCAUAGACGAAGUGUUUCUCGAUCUUUCGGCCCAGGUGCACGCAAUUCUUCUGGAACGCUUUCCGGAGCUUAGGAACCCUCCUCCUUAUGAUGACCCAACCGAGAGGCUGCCAAUGCCCCCGGUCACAGCGCUCGACUGGAAAGCAGACGCAUUGGUUGACCUUGAUGACACGGAGACGGAGACGGAUGAUCCCGACUGGAACGAUGUCGCUCUAUUGAUAGGGUCUGAGAUUGUUCGUGAUGUCCGAGCAGCCAUUCGUGCCCACCUGAGGUACACUUGUUCUGCGGGUCUCGCAAGCAACAAGAUGCUGAGCAAGUUGGGCUCUGGCCACAAGAAACCCAAUGGGCAGACUGUCAUACGGCAUCGAGCCAUCCGGCAAUUUCUGUCGGGCUUCAAGUUCACCAAGAUUCGUAAUCUGGGUGGAAAACUAGGUGAACAGAUUGCACAGACAUUCAACACCGAGUCCGUCAGCGACCUUCUGCUUGUCCCUGUGGAACAGUUCAAGUCCAAGCUCGGAGAUGACACCGGGGUCUGGGUCCACAAUACAAUCAGAGGAAUAGAUCACAGUGAGGUCAAUUCGCGGGUGCAGAUCAAGUCAAUGUUGUCAGCAAAGUCAUUCCGACCCAGCAUCAACAGCGUGGAGUCGGCAGUCAAAUGGCUGAGAAUCUUCGUGAGCGACAUAUUCUCUCGGUUAGUUGAGGAGGGCGUUAUUGAGAACAGGCGACGUCCUCGGUCAAUCAACCUACACCAUCGGCAUGGCGGCCAAACACGCUCAAGGCAAGGUCCUAUACCUCAGGGGAAGCCAAUCAAUGAGGAACUAUUGCUUGACCUUGCCAAGAACCUUCUUAAUCAAAUCGUCCUCGAGGGUAAAGUCUGGCCAUGCGCAAAUCUUUCCCUCAGUGUCGGCGGAUUUGAUGAGGGCAUCACCGGUAACAUGGGUAUCGGAGCAUUCCUUGUGAAGGGCGAGGAAGCACAGUCUUUGAAGAGAAGCUCACGAGAAGGCUCAGCUGAGGCACCGCCUUCCAAACAACCCGAGAGAAACAAAACACUCGAGAAGGAAGGUAUACAGCGAUUCUUUUCCAGAUCGGUAACGACCAGGCAUGAUUGUGAAGAUCGUGGUCUGGAUGCAUUCUCUACCGGCUGGGUCGCCGGCGGUGAAACAUCUCACAAGCACGUCGGAAAUCCCAUGCCAGAAUGGGGACCUGCAGGUUUAGUUGCACGGAAUGGAACCAGCGAGGACAGUCAACUGCAGGAACCACAUACCCACCUAUGCCGUCGAUGCAACGCUAGUUUCGAGGACGCGGAAGAUCUUCAGUGUCAUCAAGACGAGCACCUUGCGAGGGAUCUUUAUGAGGAAGAACGUAGCAGCCACACACUUGCUGGACAUUCUUCGCUUGCAACCACAGGAAAGAACAAGAACAAGGGCACACCUGCAAUAACCAAGCGACCCGCGAAGCGAAAGAAAAUGGAGGCUGGGCAGAGCAAAUUGAACUUUGGAUGAUGCGCCACAAGCUGCUAGUCUCACCUACGGUACCAGAAUGACAGACUGGACAGAGAGCAGCCCGCUGAGCACCGAGCAAAGACGUCUCAGGAUACCCUGUUAGAUUUAGAGAUAUCUUCACAGCGUCAGGACAUGAAGAAAGACAGCAGGGGCUGGGCCUCUUCGGUUCCCUGUUCCUAUGACAUGGAGCGCACCCGUCUGCCAUGACUUAUUAGACGAUCACCCUGGGCAUCAUGAUGCAGCAGGAAAACCAACAGGCGACUACCGAGCAUCGAUGGAACGAGGCGUGAAGCCAUAUUGCUACGGCUGAGACGGAAUGGUCGCCUAACCCACUAGGACCCUUCAAUGAAGCUGGCCGCAUGUUUCCCCAGGUGAGGACUCGUGCACACAAGGACCGAAACAAGCCGUCAGCCCGGGGCUGGAGCCUGUGCUGCCUAGGGACACAGUAGCAUACUCGGCGAGUGUUUGGUCGUACCCAAGCCUCCCCUGUCUUGAACGACUCGGGCUUCAGGCUCAGCCUUGACAGCCGACGACGUUGUGUCCGGACUGUACUGGGCAGAUGAGAGUAAGGGGAACAUGUCAAUACGACAAACUGAAUACCUCAGAGGCUUGAUCAUCACGUUGCCGUGCUGGCCCGUCAUUCUUUUGUUUACCAACAUGGCAGUAAAUGAUCUUCAUGACCUAGGC